CUGUGGGAAUUGUGCGGUGUAGUAGUGAGCAAGUCAGGAAAUUCCUCUGCAGGAAAGGGGAGGGUGCGGCGAGAUUGAGCAGUAUUAAUAAUUGAUUGCUCUCUUUUCUUGGUGUCAAGACGUGGGACGUUUCAGAAGGUAGAACUCCAUGUGAUUCCGAGUGCCUUCAUCAGCAGCCGCAGUUCCUUUCAUAAACACUCGUGCAGUCAGUCAGUUACGAGGGGCUGAGAGAAAGAAACAAGGACACCCUUUGGAGACGAAAAAGCAGAGAUGUGCGAAGUGAGCAGUUAAAUAAGCACGUCUGCGGGCCGACGUUGAACUUCACGUUGAAGGGAUAACCCGUCGGGGUUUUUUUGCCCUUGUAUAUCUGGACAGAUCCCACUCCAGAGGACAUUUCUCCCAAACCCUGAAUGUAAAUUGUGACGAAAAGGAAAGAAGGAAUAAAAAGCCAUCGCCAUGGAUUUUGUUAUGAAGCAAGCUUUGGGAGGGGCUACCAAAGACAUGGGGAAAAUGCUGGGGGGCGAUGAAGAAAAGGACCCUGAUGCAGCAAAAAAAGAGGAGGAACGGCAAGAAGCACUUCGGCAGCAAGAAGAAGAACGAAAGGCAAAAUAUGCGAAAAUGGAAGCAGAAAGAGAAGUAAUGCGACAAGGCAUUCGAGAUAAGUACGGUAUAAAAAAGAAGGAAGAAAGAGAGGCAGAAGCCCAAGCAGCGUUGGAAGUAGCUGCAGAAGGAAGUCUCACUCGUCCAAAGAAGGCAAUACCAGCAGGUUGUGGAGAUCAAGAGGAGGAGGAGGAAGAAAGUAUCAUAGAUACCGUCAUGAAAUACCUUCCAGGCCCUCUUCAAGAUAUGUUCAAAAAGUAAUAGGGUUAGAGUUGUUAUAUUGCUCUCUUUUGUUUACUAGGCAAAAUAUCUAAUAUUCUACUUGAGAAAGAUAGAACACAGUUGCAGACAUACCACGAUCUCUACACAUUUUAUGUUUUCUUUUUUGUAAAAAGUCUCUAGUUUAACACACACAUAUAU